GUACUGCGGAUUGCAUACAUUCAGCCAUAAUUCCUACAGUGCCUAACAAAUGUUGUCAGGGGGGCCUUCUCGAGACUUUUACCUAAAAAAGAUAUUGACUUGAACGACUUUUUACACAAUGAUCCUGGUGAUCGUGCAGCUAUUAUAAUACGGACGAAUAACUGCAACCGUUUUGAAUUUUGCUACAUCUUCUCACUUCGAGAGAAAACAUCUUAACAAUGAUAUGUUCUGGCCACAAAACAAGUACAGUGUGACCGAAAAUUGUAACAGAAAUUGAUGCAGAACUCCGAUACUUUCAGUAAAUAAAUCAUUGGAUUUAUUGGACAAGACAAUGAUUUACACAACUACUCUCCUAGUGACAAUCGCUCAAAAUAAGAUGCCGAUGGCAAUUGGGAAUAUUUUUUUUAAACAAUAGUAACUAAUCUUAUCACACUAGUUACUAUUAUUAACAAUACGGCGUCUGUCCGUCAUACUAAAAAUAUAAAUUAAUAAAAAUAAGUUACUAUUAUUAAAUUAGUAACACAGUAACUAAUCUUAUCGUUCCUUAGUCAAGCUGGAGGAUACAAUAGUAUGAUCGAUAAUGUCUAGAAAGAACAAAAUCAUUGCAAACAUAGCUAAAGGCCCAACAAACUAUUAAAGGAGGACCGUUAAGCUAUCGGAAAUAGUUUUAUAUUCAUCGCAAACUAAUUGGUUUGCCAAUAUAUUUUAAUAUUAUUUUAUAUACAAUCAAAUUGUGUUGAUGAACUCCUUGCGUUUUUUUUUCGGUGCAAAGUGCAAUCUUUCACUGUUGUUGUAGCUGCAACUGUCACAUUGUCGGCAAAUCUCAUCGUUAGAGUGCAAUCAGUAUCCACGUGGAACAUAGGAUUGUUGUUCCCUGAUGUGUUUAGAGCUAUUGGGAGAGAAUCUAUGUUAGCGGUAGGAAGCGAAUCGAUUGCGCAAAUACUCUUGCCGCUGUUGUAUGUCUCUCUGUCUCUGUGUCCGUGUGAUCCCUUCGCGUGUUGGGAGUAUUUGAAGUAUCGGCAAACAUUUCCGACCCGUGUGAGAAAUUCAUCCACUCACAUGCCUUUAAGCAACAGAAAAUCUCGUUUUUAAUGCCAACCGCUUUCAUUAGGCGGGCAAACACUGCAGCAAGACGGAAGUAGACAUAGCGCGAAAGAAUAAUGGCUUCUUCCUCAUGUCUUUCGCAUGGUCUCUCUUGUACGCGGGACCAUUAUGCAUCGAGCAUUAAAGAAAAUCAACCCCCUACGGGCACGUGCACGUGUAUUGGUGCGCGCUUUUUCACAGCCGGAUGAUGGUCCGCCGAGCAACAGCCGGCCGUACGCACGGGGCGAAACCCGCGAAGGUAGCGAGAUAUUCGUUGACGUUGCGGCCACCCUUACGAAAUUCUACACGCCUGUCUGCCUGUGUGUGUGCGUAGCAGUCGUGGCCGCUUCGGAUUCUCUCAUUUACUCUCGGGUUCGUCAAUCGUACGCUCUCGAUAGCGCGAGCCAAAGACAGCAGAUGUAGCGGAGGGCCCAGGGCUAGUCGCGAGUUUUCCGACUCAUUUCAGUACCACGCGGCGAAACUACAGGCAGACAGAAGCAGCGCUCCGUCCCUGGACAUUCACGAAUAGAGGGGUUGAGGUUUCUACAAGGCGGUUAGGCAGUUAGUUUUGCCCUGGCUGCGCCAUAGAACCUAUAGUUUUGAUCGGGGAUGUCGAAUUUCAAGCCUUCAGUCAUCAGUAUCAGUGUUCAAUUCGAGAUAAGGAACUAACUAUGCAGUGCUACGGUGCAGUGUUACCUCCUCACGACAUUUGUGUGAACGUCAAGAACGCGAUUCGACAGAAAUAGAGAAACACCCCAUCGGACUGCCGAGGAGUCGUCAUCCUACGUCAUUCACAGUGGUGUGCGCACGAGACACGGCGCCCAAGACACGUUUUCUGCCAGAUUCGCGUGGUGUGUAUACGGUUAUCAACAGAAACCGCUAAAAGCCUCUCAAACGCCGGUGAUUUCGUCUAGUUUGGAAGAGUCAAAAAGAAGACACCGGUCCCGAUAGAUACGAUAGAGAGAAGGAGGGCCCCAUUAGCGUCUGAUACAUUAGUGAUCCACUGCACGAACUCCGAAAGCUUCUUCGGGACCGUACGGCGUAAAGCGAAGAACUGAAGAGAAGGCACCAACUUUCACACGAUUUCGCGAAAAUCGUAGUGGCGUGAUCUGUAUGGAAUGGUGGCAUCGAACAGACGACACGCCUGAAUGCAUUUUCCUGACAGAUGAGACGCUGACCACCAUAUGCCUUUUCGCUGCUCUCUCGAACGAAGAAGAAAAUCACCCCAUGUGCGUGUAGACCGGAAAAGCCUUGUCAGAGACGUUGUCAGACUCGUCGUGCAUCUGCGCAGAAACGGCUACCACACCGGGGUUAGCCGUAUAGAGAAAAACCGGAAAAACGUACCCAUAAAACGUGCUUCUGGUGUGGGAUAAGAGUGUUAGCAUAGCAAGAGAGGUGCAGAGCGGCGAAGAAAUCGGGGGACCGACGCCAAAUUUUGACAUUCCCGGUUUUGACGAUCAGAAACAACACCCGGCGCGGCGGCGACUGCGAGUAGGCAAAAAUGGCCUACGAUGACAUUUUGCAGUACCUCGGCGGAUUCGGCCGAUAUCAGCGGCGUAUCUACGUGUUGCUAUGUCUGCCGGCCAUCUCCUGCGCAUUCCACAAGUUGGCGGGCGUGUUUCUGCUUGCCGCACCGGACUACCGGUGCCGGUUGCCGUACGAGCUGGAGAACGCUACCUACCCGCUACCGACCGAGCGGCUCUCGCUGGCCUAUCCGAUCGACACGCUCACGGGCAGGUACUCGACGUGCAGCUAUCUCGAUGCGAACUUUACCGAGGACUAUUGGGCCGGUGGAACGCCGGCGGCCGGUGUGCGCGCCUGCCAUCGGUGGGUGUACGAUCGCAGCAAGUUCGAAAGCAGCACCGUCACGGAAUGGGACAUGGUGUGCGAUCGGAGCUGGCUGCGGGCAUCGGCCGACUCGCUGUUCAUGGUGGGUGUGAUGCUGGGCAGCAUCGGGUUCGGCUAUCUCUCGGACAAGUACGGCCGGAAGCCCAUCUUCUUCGCCUCCCUGGUGCUGCAGGUAAUCUUUGGCGUGCUGGCCGGCAUUGCGCCCGAGUUUUUCACCUACACGCUAGCCCGCAUGGUGGUGGGCGCAACCACGUCCGGCGUGUUCUUGGUAGCGUAUGUGAUCGCGAUGGAGAUGGUGGGCCCCAGCGAUCGUUUGUAUGCCGGCGUCGUGUGCAUGAUGUUCUUCUCCGUCGGGUACAUGCUGACGGCCGGUUUCGCGUACUUCAUCCACGACUGGCGUAUGCUUCAGAUCGCGCUCACCGUACCCGGCGUACUGUUCCUGUGCUACUGGCUGUUCAUCCCGGAAUCGGCCCGCUGGCUACUGUCGAACGGACGUCCGGCGGAAGCGAUUACGCUGAUCGAGCGGGUUGCACGCUGCAACAAGGUUACGGUACCGCCGGAGGCGCUCGAAAAGCUGCGCGAAGAGGAUAAAGCCCAACAGCAGGAGGACACGAACGAGCCGAAACCUUCGCUGCUCGACAUCUUCAAGCAUCCCAACCUGCGCCGGAAAGCGAUGCUUAUCUUUUUCGACUGGUUCGUCAACAGUCUCACGUACUAUGGGCUGUCCUGGAACACGAACAACCUCGGCGGCAACCCGCUGCUUAACUUUGUCAUCAGCGGUGCGGUGGAAAUUCCGGCCUACUCGUUCCUGCUGCUCACGCUCAACCGCUGGGGACGGCGUACGAUCCUGUGCGGCUGUAUGAUCUUCGCCGGCACGAUGCUCUUGACGACGAUGAUCGUGCCUGCCUCGCAGCAGUGGUUAAUCGUGGUGCUGGCGAUGCUCGGGAAGAUGGCGAUUACCUCGAGCUACGGUACGGUGUACGUUUUCUCGGCCGAACAGUUCCCGACGGUCAUCCGCAAUGUUGCGCUCGGAGCGUCGUCCACCAGUGCCCGUGUCGGUGGCAUCCUGGCACCGUACUUCAAUCUGCUCGGUGACUACUGGCAACCGUUGCCGCUGCUCAUCUUCGGUGCGCUCGCAUUCGUGGGCGGUGUGCUGUCACUGUUGCUGCCGGAAACGCACAACCAAAAGCUGCCGGAAACGAUAGCGGAUGGGGAAAACUUUGGCAAGCGGAAAACGGUACCGGGCGGAGAUGGUGCUGGAGCUGGUGGUGGUGGUGGUGGUAGCAUCGUCGGUGGUGGUGCUACUGAUCGUGACGUCGAGCGUACGGCGGAAGAGCUGCAAGUGCUUAGAAAACCGGAACCCGUAAUGGAAAGCGGCGAAGAAGAUAUUGCUACCGGUGCUUUGAAGGAAGGAGCGGCCGAAGAUGCCAAGAAAAAGUAUUGAAAACACUCGUAGCAAGAAAAUUGGUAGAGGAGGUUUUAUAUACAACUCUGAUAGUAUAGUAAUGGACAAAAUCAUCUUAAGAAGCUUAAUAAUCGCAUUAAAUUGAAUUGGGAAGAGAGAGAGAAACCGACCAUAUAAAAGCGCUUACAUGUAACACAGGAUAAAAGUAUGCUAAUAAUAUGAUAAAAAGUGAACGACAGGAAUAUGCCCUUAUCAACGAACAAAGACUUCGCAGCGGUGCAUAGAGGAGGGCACGUUAAGGCAUAAGAGCAAUGGAGCUUAAACAUGAAAAAAGAUGAUGCACAGCUUGUGACAGAGCUGACCUGGCCUGACAGAGACCUGGCGAAGCGAAUCCUGUAGAGGUUGAAUUCUCAGGAAAACUUCAUGCCAACGCUUCAUCAUCUCACAAUCGUACUUAUUAUCUUCUCUACCCUUAUUUAGCGGUGAUCUUCGUGCGGAGCAUACACACACAGCAGGAGGGACUUCAUACAUUCCACCACCACACCAGGUGUACGUGGUGUGUUUUGCAUCCUUUUCUUUAAUCGUUCAUAAUUCAUAAUUAGGCUGAGGAGAGCAAGAUGUCAGUAAUAACUCCUUUUUCGGGAGACAGAGGGAGUAGCGGAAGAUGGAGGAACGAACGGAGGGCGAUCUUUGUUUGCUGGUCGUGUCCAAUCACGCGUGAGAACUGGCGGGAGGUAUUAAAUUGAAGAUUUUCUUUCUGAUGUGGCAUCCUCUUUUUCGGGCAUGUUAAACCGAUUUACAUUUUUAUGCCAAACUGACGUUAACAGCCACGUGUACUUAUACGCAGAAACUAUUGAAGGACAAGCAGCAUAUUUCGGUCCCGAGAGGUGAAUGUUUUUUGUAGACAACCGUUUGUAAGGUUUCAGCAGCCCAAAAUAGGGACUCCAGUUGUAGUGCUCUACUGGCUCUUUAAUGUGUGUCAAAUCCCUUACGUUCUAGCAUCGUUAAUGUAAUUAAGUUAAGUCCUAACCGCCAAGUGGAUUAGUGCAACUGAACAGAGUCAAACAUCUCCAAUGAGAAGCUUCUAUAAGGACAGGAUUACUUAUCACCCUUCCCUUGCUUAUGAUUGCUUGCAAGGUUGCGCUGCCCUUUAUUUAAAGUCAUCUAACCGAUAGUGGGGGCAGCUACUCGGCCCCGCACCCCGAGGGAUCACGCACAUGAACGAACAGUUUACAAUGCCAAAGCGAGAUCAUCCUCCUAUAGUCGAUCAUCGAUUUGUUUUCUCUAUAUUCUAAACAACAUUGGGUGAGAUAGAAGCAAAGUUUUUCCUUUUUGGGCAACAGACAAUUCUUUUGUAGUUGGUUUAUUAUAGUGCCCCAGAUGUCUUUUUUUCUAGUACGCGCCACUGAAAAUCACUGUCGUCGAAUAGGCUCUCCUCCGGCACAAUAAACGGGGAAACCCGAUUACAUAUGAAUGGAGAGCAGCAGUGCAUUCAAAUAUGUGGUGCUGUACACACUUGGGAUGUGAGAAAAAAACACUCCCGUAAUCAUGUGGCCCAUAUAUAACACACAUGUUUGCUUCGGCUUAACGCUUGGCUGAUCGGGUUUUUUUUGGUGAAAAGAGGAGAGACAUUUUUUUCACGUGACUCUUUAGACGCGCCAUCUGUGUGCCGUUGACAUAAUUCGAGAAAACUAUUUUUGUACACGUCUGCGACUGAUGGAUGUGUGUGUGUGCGGAUUUGUAACACCUUUAUGGUGCUGCUAACAAAUUUUGAA